CCAGCUCUAUCUCUGCCGAAGAUGGUUUCGUUAUGCCACCCUGUUCGAAUCACAACAUGCGGAAAAUUUGUUAGGAGAAAUGCAGCCAAGGUCUUCUGCUCCAUGGAGACGCCACCACCGUCCCAGAGCACAAUCAAGGUUGUUAUCAUUGGGGCCACGAAGGAAAUUGGGAGGACGGCGAUUGCUGCAGUGUGUAAAGCCAGGGGGAUGGAGCUUGCAGGAGCCAUCGAUUCCCAGUGCAUUGGAGAAGACGCAGGACAGAUAAGUGGCAUGGAGGAACCGCUAGAACUUCCGGUGCUCAAUGAUCUCACUAUGGUUCUGGGCUCCAUAGCACAAUCCAGAGCAACUGGUGUGGUGGUUGAUUUCAGUGAACCUUCAACUGUUUAUGACAAUGUCAAGCAGGCAGCAGCAUUUGGUUUAAGCAGUGUGGUCUACGUUCCAAAAAUUGAGUUAGAUACAGUAACUGAACUGUCAGCAUUUUGCGAGAAGGCAAGCAUGGGUUGCUUGGUUGCACCAACAUUAUCCAUUGGCUCAGUGCUCCUUCAACAAGCUGCAAUACAGGCCUCAUUUCACUACAGUAAUGUUGAGAUCGUGGAAUCAAGACCUAACCCAUUGGACUUGCCAUCGCAAGAUGCAAUUCAGAUUGCAAAUAACAUAUCAGAUCUUGGCCAGAUAUACAACAGGGAAGAUAUGGAUACCAGUAGUCCAGCAAGAGGCCAAUUACUUGGAGAAGAUGGAGUGCGUGUACACAGUAUGGUUCUUCCAGGUCUUGUUUCCAGCACAUCAAUCAACUUCUCAGGCCCAGGAGAGAUGUACACCUUGCGACAUGAUGUCACAAAUGUUCAAUGCCUAAUGCCAGGACUAAUUAUGGCAAUAAGAAAGGUGGUACGGUUGAAGAACUUGAUUUAUGGCCUAGAGAAGUUCUUGUAGCCAACAGCCAUCUCCGUAUCAAGAAAACCAAAUUCUGGCUGUUCCUGAUUAUGAAGUGGACAGGAACAUAUCUAUUUCCGGGCAUGAGUUAAAAAAGGCAGUACCACAACCACAAGCAAGGCAGAUCACAUCCGACAAGGCAACCACAACGCCGAACGAAAAAUAAAGCCCACACAGAAGACUUGUUUUUUUUCUAUGCACACUACCUAGUGGACGAAUUUUGUUAAAAGAAAUAGGGGGGAAGACCAUACACAAUAAAAGUCACAAAAGGUGACAUGUAUAACAACUGGUAGCACAAACAAACCAAUGAAUGGAGUGGUCAAAUUACCAUCAAGAAUAAGACUCAGUUCCAUUCCAUCAGCA